AUGAAAGUCAUCACAAUCGGUAUUGGAGGUGCAUCGUGUGCAGGAAAAUCGACUAUAGGAAGAUAUUUACAACAAAUAUUACCGAGGUGCAUUACUCUAUUCCAAGAUGACUUCUUCAAGCCAGACUCACAGAUUCCAUUCGAUGUGUCUAGAAAUCUGCAAAAUUGGGACUGCCCGGAUGCCAUAGACUUUCCUCGAUUCCUCUCGACUAUCAAUCGCAUACGCCAAACUGGCACAAUCCCCUCAAGUCAUGACUCCAAAGAGAGCCAAAACGUCACUCAACACGUUCCUCCCAAUGAUGACCGUUUAGUGGUCGAUCUCAAACAGAAAUUGAGCAAUGUCAUUGACCAUGGUGAAGAGGAAUGGAUAUUUGUUUUGGUUGAUGGUUUUAUGCUAUAUUGGAAUAUGGAUGUGGUAAAGAUGUUAGAUGUAAAAUUAUUUGUCAAGGCUGAAUAUCACGUGUUGAAGAGAAGGAGAGAGAAUAGGCAGGGAUACGUCACAAUAGAAGGGUACUGGGAAGAUCCACCUGGAUAUUUUGAUGAUAUCGUGUAUCCAAAUUAUGUCAAAUUCCACGAGCAUUUGUAUACGGGCGAAAGAGGGUUGACAUUCGAUGAUUUGAUUAUAUUCGAAUCAGAAGUCAAGCCUGUUGAUGACCACAUCGUUGCGGCAAUCGAUGCGAUAUUCAAUAUAGUUGAUAAGGGAAUAAGUAAAAAGCUCAAGAUUGACCAACUCAAAAUCAAUUCGAAACUGCUUGGAACAUUGUCAGAUGAAAGAGAAGAGCAAAUCAACAAUUGA